AUGAGCAAGCGAUUAGAGACCGUGGCCACGAUGACCUGCAUGAAGACCCUGCUGAUGCUUUUUAAUUUCAUUUUCUGGGCGUCCGGGAUAUUGAUGCUAUGCAUCGGCAUAUGGAUGCGCAUCCAGUUGCGAGAUUACAUGAAUAUGAACGUGCAGGGCAGCGGGACAGCCCUGUUAGCGCUCGCAUGCUUGGGCGCGGUGUUAGCGGUAGCGGCGGUUCUCGCCUGUUGCUGCACCGCGCGAGGUCAUCCUGCCCUACUAUACCUGUAUGGCGCGUUUCUUGCCGUUGUCGCAUUACUGGAACUUGGUGCAGGUGCGUCGGUUUACGCUUAUCGUACAAACUUGAAUGAAGGAUUCGAUCAAGGUCUAAACCAGAGCAUGGAAGCCUAUGGACAGGAUCAUUCCAUGAGCAGUUACUUAGACAGCAUGCAAUCAACCUUGCAUUGCUGCGGUAAUCGUGGAUACGCCGAUUGGCGCGAUUUGAAUUCACCAAAGAAAAUUCCCCUGUCUUGCUGCAAGGUGCCCGAGGAUAAGUGCGAGCCGAACGACAUAGAACAAAUUUAUACCGAUGGAUGUUACAGUCGCGUGCUAGAUUUCAUAAACGGCAACAUCGGUCUGGUAGCCGGUACAGCGAUCGGCGUAGCCUUUUUCCCGUUAGUGGGCAUCUUCCUGGCGUGCUGCUUAGCCAGCAACAUCAACAAGGCCGAGUAUGAACAGGUCGCUUAGGCACGGCAUUCGCGCAAGCAGCAACGACGAUUCUAUCAGGAAACAAAAAAACUCGCGUCGCUAGCGACAACAGCGAACGUACACGAUUUCAACAUUGGAGCACGAAACUGAUUUUGAUCGAGGCAAGCGCGCGCGCAUUUUGCCCAACUUCGAGAUUUUAAUCGAAGACUCUGCAGCAUAAAUUAGAUAAAAGUCUGCAGUAUAAGGUACGCAUCUUUAAGUUAAUGAAAUCAAGUCAAUCUGAAAAAAUGGACCUUGCAUACCAAUAAAUUAUAAAAUUACAUUA